GGAGGAGGAGAGGCCAGGGCGGCGGCGGCGGCGGAGCCCAGGAGGGCGGGCAGCCCCCAGGAGAGCCGCCGCUGACGGGAAGCCCAGGGCAGCUGCUGGGCUCGGGCUAUGCGCGCAAAGGGACUGUGGCCUGAUAGAGUGGUUCCCUUGGAUGUGAAUGAAGCAUGCCCUGCCCUUCUGGGAUGCCUUAGGUGAUGCCACGCUCUUCUGCGAUGGCAAUUGGGGCUCUCUCUGGCUCUCUCCUUGUGACUUGCUGCUUGAUGGUUGCUCUCUGCAGUUCCGCUGCAUCUUUCCCAAAACUGGCAAAAGUUCAAGACAAGCAGGAGAUAAGACCAAGCCAAGAAAAGCGGGAUCACACGUCAGCCCGGGAGAGCCAGAAUCAGACAAGACCUGGGAAAAUGAACGAAAUGGGCAGGAGCGGGAGGGAGGAGGGCACCAGAGACUGGAAAAGCAAGGGCAGCAGAAAUUAUUCCAAUAAGGAAUCUUGGACUAAGCAAAAACAAGCUUUGAGUAGCCAAGCAACAAGUGGCAAGUUUGGGAGUCUCCAAGCCCAAGGGCAAAUGGAAGUUGUUCAGGAGGAGUUUCCAGCUGCUGAAGAGUCUUCCUUUUUGGAUGUUGCUGGUGGUACCCCUGAGCCGCCAGAGGAAUAUGCUUAUCCAGAUUACCGCGGGAAAGGCUGUGUGGACGAGAGUGGCUUUGUUUAUGCGAUUGGGGAGAAGUUUACUCCAGGUCCCUCUGCAUGCCCGUGCCUUUGCACUGAAGAGGGCCCUCUCUGCAUUCAGCCUGAGUGCCCCGGACUCCACCCUCGCUGUAUUCAUGUGGACACCAGCCAGUGUUGCCCGCAGUGCAAAGAGAGGAAAAACUACUGCGAGUUCCGGGGCAAAACCUACCAAACACUGGAAGAAUUCACGGUUUCACCUUGUGAAAAAUGCCGCUGUGAAGCCAAUGGCGAAGUUGUGUGUACAGUGUCUGCAUGUCCUCAGACGGACUGCGUGGAUCCCGUAUAUGAGCCAGAUCAGUGCUGUCCUAUCUGCAAAAAUGGGCCCAACUGCUUUGCAGAGACCACAGUCAUCCCUGCAGGUCGAGAGGUAAAGACGGACGACUGCACUAUAUGCCACUGUACCUAUGAAGAAGUGACUUGGCGAAUUGAACGGCAGGCGAUGUGUACCAGACAUGACUGCAAGCAGAUCUAGAUCCACAAGCCCAAUGCCUCGAGAUGUUUUUAUAAAAAUACUUCCAUGCUCCAAACGAUAUUUGAGUGAACCGAGAAACAUCUUCAAAAGAACUAUUGUUUUGCUUGAGGGCAAAGGACCCUGCUGGCAUUUUCUUUUUCCACAGUAGAACAGUAUUUGAGCAAAAGAAGGUUUGGACUUGAUUGUUCACAUCUUAUUAAAUGUGUUAUAUUUCCAAGGUGAGUACUGUAAAUUACAUUAAAAGAUUAUAUUAUUUCUAUAACCCUAUUAUAGAGUUUAAAAUAAAUGUUUUAUAUAGUUGAGAGAUUAAAUAAAUGUUGGGAGAGAUAAAUGAUUGUCUUCUUGCAUACCUGGUCUUGACUAAAAUAAAACAUUACUUUGCGA